AUGCAUCGGCCCAAACCGCUCGCAGCCAGCGAGGCUACACCAUUGAAGCCUGUGGCGCGUCUCUAUGGUGGCACUCCGCAGUCAACUGAACGUCUCAUCAAGCCCUUUCGUUGUCCCGGCUCCGCCACCGUGUCGCGAGUGUCAGAGAAGCCUGCGAGAAAGAGGAGGAAGGUGGAUUACUCUGGUGCCGGCGGCGAGGAUGGCGAGAGCGACAAGCCGUAUUCGAACGAGGAUCGGUUGGCCCUUGCCACACGGGACGCAAACCGAUUCCCAGUGUUCAAACCCAAAGACAAGGAGACUGCUUUCAAGACAAAGUUCACCGUGCCUCUAGUCAACAAGGACACUGGGACAUACAAUCCACAUCGACCAGCUCCGCUGCUGGGCAUGCGAAUAGGAACUGUCUUUGUAGCGCGACCGCUGCACGAUCCCAGCGGUGAAUUUGCGAUAGUAUUGUACGAUCCUACUAUCGACGAUAAGCCGGAGCCGAAGCAAGAACCCGAGCCCAAGGAAAGCCAGCCCGACAAGAAAGAAUUGGAUGCCCCGUUAGUCCACAAGAGCUUGGCCGAGAUAUUAGGUUUGAAGAAGAAGGUCGAUAACGAGCGUCCGCGCGUACCAGUAGUCAUAGAUCCUAGGCUCGCCAAGGUCUUGCGACCGCAUCAAGUUGAAGGUGUCAAGUUCUUGUACCGAGCCACCACUGGCAUGAUUGACCCCAAGGCGAACGGUUGUAUCAUGGCUGACGAGAUGGGCCUCGGAAAGACGUUGCAGUGCAUCACACUCAUGUGGACACUGCUGAAGCAAUCACCAGAAGCUGGUAAAUCAACGAUACAGAAAUGUGUCAUAGCAUGUCCGUCAAGUUUAGUAAGAAACUGGGCGAACGAGCUUGUCAAAUGGUUGGGAAAGGACGCUAUUACACCUUUUGCAAUCGAUGGCAAGGCGUCGAAAGAGGAACUCAUCCAACAAAUACGCCAAUGGUCCAUCGCAUCCGGGCGUGCAGUCGUUCGACCGGUAUUGAUUGUGUCAUAUGAAACACUUCGCCUUUACGUUGAAGAGUUUGGACAGACAUCCAUCGGAUUGAUGCUUUGCGACGAAGGGCAUCGACUGAAGAAUGGGGACAGCUUGACUUUCACAGCUUUGAACAGCCUAAAUGUACAGAGACGGGUCAUCCUCUCCGGUACGCCCAUUCAGAACGACCUCUCCGAGUAUUUUGCCUUACUCAACUUUGCAAAUCCGGGUUAUCUGGGCACACGCAUGGAGUUCCGCAAGCAGUUUGAAAUACCCAUUCUCAAGGGCCGCGAUGCCAACGGAACAGAUGCCGACAUCCAAAAGGGUAACGAGCGUCUUACUGAGCUACUGGGUCUGGUCAACAAGUUCAUCAUCAGGCGAACCAACGACAUUCUCUCCAAGUAUCUACCGGUCAAGUACGAGCACGUUGUUUUCUGCAACCUCGCGCCGUUCCAGAAGGAUCUGUACAACCAUUUCAUCAAGUCGCCCGAUGUACAAAGCCUGCUCCGAGGCAAAGGCUCACAACCGCUCAAGGUUAUCGGCAUGCUCAAGAAGCUGUGCAAUCACCCCGACCUACUCAACCUGCCGGAAGACUUGCCGGGAUGUGAGGACAAGCUGCCUGAAGAUUUUGUACAGAAGGAUGCCAGAGGCCGAGAUCGUGAGGUCAAGGUAUGGUACUCCGGAAAGAUGGCCGUUCUGGAUCGUAUGUUGGCCCGCAUUCGCGCCGAAACAAACGACAAGAUCGUCCUGAUCUCCAACUACACUCAAACGCUCGAUAUCUUCGCCGCGCUCUGUCGCUCACGUGGAUAUGGUUGCUUCCGCUUGGAUGGCACAAUGAAUGUCAGCAAGCGGCAGAAACUGGUUGAUAAGUUCAACGAUCCGGAGAGCCCAGAGUUUGUUUUCCUCCUUUCCUCCAAGGCUGGUGGAUGUGGUCUUAACCUCAUCGGCGCCAACCGUCUGGUUCUCUUUGAUCCCGACUGGAACCCAGCUGCUGACCAGCAAGCUCUCGCUCGUGUGUGGCGUGAUGGCCAGAAGAAGGACUGCUUCGUGUACCGCUUCAUCACUACGGGAACGAUUGAAGAGAAAGUCUUCCAACGCCAAUCUCACAAGCAAUCACUCUCUUCUUGUGUUGUAGACUCUGCGGAGGAUGUGGAGCGGCAUUUCAGUCUCGACUCGCUUCGCGAACUCUUCCAAUAUCGCAAUAACACCACUAGCGAUACACACGAUACAUUCAAAUGCAAGAGGUGUCGGAAAGAAGAUGGCAGGCAAGUCAUCAAGGCUCCUGCAAUGUUGUAUGGCGAUACGAGUACUUGGAAUCAUUAUGUCAACGAUGGAGAGAAUGGCCCACUGGGCAAGAUCCAGGAUUUGUUGCUUAGACAGGAGACGGCCAACGAUUUGAAGGACGUCAGUGCUGUGUUCCAGUACAUCAGUCAUUGA